ACACCUUGAGAAGUGUAGCUCAUGUAGAGGUCUCUUGACGAAGCCGUCUUCAUGGUGCGAUUUCAUGACUUUAUUCUUUAGGAUGAAGCAUGUAAGGAUACCACAUUUGCUACUACUGUUUGUGUUUGUGCAUGCCUGCUUUGCACAAGCAGAUUUUGCUCCAUAUUUCUACGACAAUGGACCCUACAGUUACAAUGGAAACCUGGCCUUGUUCAGCCUCUCAGAGGACACUGCUGUUGGUACACAAAUUUAUCGUCUUAAUGGCACAGAUCCUGAAGGCCAAGAGGUGAGGUACGGCCUUUCCUUUGAUCCAGGGUCCAAAGAGUACUUCAGCGUCGACUCCAAAUCUGGAAACAUUACAUUAGUAGAAAAGCUGGACAGAGAGAAACAAGACUCUAUUGAUGUUCUUGUCAGCAUCACUGAUGGGCAAAGCAAGGUUGUGGAAAGAGUGACAAUAUUUGUAAUGGAUGCAAAUGAUGAAAAGCCUGAAUUCCAAAACAUGCCUGCGAUCAUUGAUGUACUGGAAACAACAGAGUCUGGAAUCAGUAUCUACAAAGUUGAGGCAGUGGACAGAGACACAGGCUCAGGGGGCUCGGUCACCUACUACCUACAGAGUGCUCAGUCCACUCUGUUUGCCAUCGACAGACACAGUGGAGUCCUUCGUGUCAAAUCUGGAGAAAUGCUGGACUAUGAGAAAGCAAAGACACACUUUGUCAUUGUUAUUGCAAAGGAUGGUGGUGGUAGCUUUAAUGGGAAGGAGCAGUUUAUGUCCUCCUCUGCUACCCUGACAAUUAAUGUGAUUGAUGCUCAAGACACUCUGCCAUCUUUCAUUGGGACUCCCUACUUUGGCUAUGUUUACGAAAUCUCAGUGCCAGGAUCUGAAAUAUUCACUGUUGAGGCCCGAGAUGGUGAUGUGGGGAACCCAAAUCCAGUCCGUUAUUCAUUCGAUGAUGGUGAUGACGGUUUUUUUAGUAUCAAUAAAACAAGCGGUUGCAUCACCCUGUUGACUCUCCCCAUUUAUCUGAAGAGAGAAAUCUUCAACAUUAAAGUCAGGGCUUCAGAAGUAAGUCCCGAAGGCAGACUCAUGGACUAUGAGGUCACCACAGUGGUGAUCCGUGUUGUGGACCUAAAUAACAAUCCGCCUACUUUCUACGGAGAGAACGGCCCACAGAGCACGUUUGAGUUGACCAUGUAUGAGCAUCCACCCGAGGGAGAGAUCCUCCGGGGGCUGAAAAUCACCGUCAAUGACUCUGAUCAGGGUGCAAAUGCUAAAUUCAACCUGAGACUGAUUGGACCAGGAAGAAUGCUGCGAGUUGUCCCUCAGACUGUACUCAAUGAGGCCCAAGUCACAAUCUUAGUAGAAGACUCUGCUGCCAUGGACUAUGAGAAAUACCACUUUCUAACAUACAAGCUCCUUGCGGUUGAGAUCGACACACCAGAGAAAUUCAGCGCUACAGCGGACAUCGUCAUUCAUCUCCUGGACACCAAUGACAACGCUCCCAAAUUCUCUUCAGAUUACUACAUUGCCAGAAUUCCAGAAAAUUCACCCGGUGGCUCCAAUGUGGUCACAGUCACGGCAUUUGACCCAGACUCAGGACCUUGGGGUGAAGUUAAGUACUCUAUCUAUGGAUCAGGGGCUGAGCUGUUCCUGAUCAAACCUGACUCUGGGAUCAUCUACACACAGCCGUGGGCAAGCCUGGAUGCUGAGGUCAGGUCCAAGUAUAACUUCUAUGUGAAGGCAGAGGACACAGAGGGGAAAUACAACCUGGCUGAAGUCUUUGUGACUGUGUUGGACUUGAAUGACCACUCUCCUGCUUUCUAUGAUAACUUCCUUGAGAAGACCAUGGUGAUUGGAGCUCCAGUGAAAAUAGAGGCUGUGGAUGAUGAUGCAGAGGUCCCCAACAACGUUAUCGAGUAUGCCAUCAUGAAAGCUGAGCCAGAAAACAAUAUCUUUGACAUUAACGCUGACACAGGCGAGAUAAUGCUGAAGUCCUACAUCAAGUCAAUGGCCAUCAUUCAGAACAUCACCAAGAAGAGAGACUGCACCUGGUCGCUGGUGGUGCAGGCCCGUGACCGAGGCCAUCCAUCCCUCACCACCACCGCCGUCAUCAAGAUUGACAUCACUGAAGCUAUCAAAUCCAGAUUUUUCUCAUACUUCAUGGGCCUAAGGAAACGUCCAGGGACAGUGUUUGGGAUUUGUUUGACCAUUGUCAGCUUUGCCAUUUCACUGACAGUCUUCAUUUCAACUGUUAUGUACUGCAGCUCUUUGAAAAAGACACGUGUGCAACCUCAGGGCAAGAUCAGAAAGAUUAUAAGGAGGCCUGUGCCAUAAAGGAAGCUCGCCUUGAGCUCAUCAACACAGCAAUACUAUUGUUAUUAGUAUGUGGUACCAAGACUUUGUAGCAAUCCGUGUCCAGGGGAUUUUAUUUCAGAACAAGGCUGUGUCUGUAAAAGAGUACAGGAGCACAAUAUAAAUGAUCCUAUACAAUUUGUUUUACCUGUAUUUCUGGUUUAAUAUGACGCUACGACCAAAUUAAACAAAUUAUUUACGUUUGUGUUUGGGUCACACAUAAAUUCUCAUUUUCAGAGAAAUAGCCGGAGCCCAGUUCGUUGUAUGUGUGCACAUACUUGGUCAAUAAAGCUGAUUAUGAUUCUGAUGCUGAAUGGUCUCCGCUAGUUUCCCAGACAACCUCUCUGAUCUUGUCUUGACAAAAUAUAAGAAGAUGAAUACUAAUUUAAUAAAAAAUUAGUGAAGCAGGCAACAAAAUCAAUCGUCCAUCAAGGAAACUACAUUUAAUAAAUAAGCGACUUUGUUUUUCUUUAUGUCUGUGUAAAUUAUAAUGGCACUAAAGACUUAUUUAACACAUCUUUUACCAAAUGAUGAACGCACAAAGUGCAACAAAACAUACACAGGACAUAUUUUUGUGUGACAGAGUAUGACUUCACUCCCAUGGAUGUGAAUUCUCCCUGUGCUCUUUUACAGACUCAACUCAAAGGGGGGCCUUUGGGAUCAUUUUUAAUGCAGAAUAGAAACAAGCCUUUGCAAAUCCUAGGUAUGCUUGCUGGUAUCAUUA